AUGGCUAAUAUUAUAGUGUUUGGAGAUAAAUUGUCUAAUGCUUUAUUUUCAAAGUGUCUAUAUUAUGGAGCCUUUAAUAAAAGAUUUUAUCCAAAGGUAGAUCAAAUGAAAUUGACUGCAGUUGAUAAGAGAAUAAGAAUCCUUGCAGCAAAUUAAGUUGGAUUAGAAUAGAGUUUGUUCAUAUUAUUGCCAUAAAGUUCCAAAAUGAUACCUUCUGAAUACAAAGUGAUAAUCAAUCCUAAGAUUCUCAAGAUUUCAAAUGAGAUAGUAGAAAGUAUUGAAGAAUCUAUUAGUUUUCCUUAUUUUAAAGCUAAAGUAAAUAGAUAUAAAACUAUUUUUGUUUCUUAUGAUGAUAAGAAAGGUAAAACAGUCUAAGAGGAAUUAAAGUAUGCUAAUAUUUAGAAAUUUUAGAGGAAUGGAAUCAAUUUGGUAUUAGUAGGCAAUAGAUUAAGUGAUGGGAAUUCCAUGUAUUAGUUGGGUUGCAUCAGAAGGAAAAGUUGAAUUGAAACCAGAAUAUUAAAAAUUAGCUGAAUAGAAUCCUGAAUUUCUUAAAGCUUUUAAGGAAUAUGUAGAAAUUGGAUAGUAGUAGAAAUAUUAGGAGAGAAAUCUAUAUAGAGUGAAUCCUUAAGAUGAAAGAGAAGAUUAUGCAUUAUAAGGACCAACUCAUAAACCAGAAAAUUAUGAACUUUAUGAAAAAUUAUUGAAGAAAUUAGAGAAUGAAUUAUUUUAUACUUUUUGA